UUCAUAUCCAUUAUCCAUCCAAUCAGCGUAUUAUUAUGGAGUAGAUCAGAGUUAAUGCUGUAACCGCAAACCUCACGUAUACAUAUAUACAUAUAAUAAUCUAAUCGUCAGCACCAAAUUAAAAGGUGUAAACAGAAAGGGCUCGUUUGUUCUCCGAUCCCCCGCCUACAUACUACUAUACAACUUCAAUUCAUUCCAUCCCCUAAUAACAAACAAACGAGCCGAUGGGAAAGAGGAUUGACGCCUUGCUUGGAAGAGGAAGCUUGAAGAGCGCGAAGCUGAAAGCCACCUCAAACCUGGCCAUCUCCCGCCUUGCCGUUCUGAAGAACCAGCGGCAGGCCAAGUGUUCCAUCGCCCGCUCCGAUGUGCUUCAGCUGCUCAACCUCGGACAACACGACAGAGCUCUUCUUCGGGUUGAGCAUGUGAUCAAGGAGCAGAACAUGUUGGAUGUGUUUGUUGUAGUUGAAGGCUACUGUAAUCUGUUGACAGAAAGGAUCAACCAGUUAGAACACGAAAAGGUUUGUCCUGAUGAGUUGAGGGAAGCCAUAUCCAGUUUGAUUUUUGCAGCUACAAGGUGUGGGGAAUUCCCAGAGCUUCAAGAGCUUCGCGCCAUUUUCACUGCAAAAUUUGGAAAGGAAUUCACCGCCCGGGCUGUUGAGCUUAGAAACAACUGUGGAGUCAAUCCAAAGAUGAUUCAAAAGCUGUCGACUAGGAUGCCUAGCCAUGAAACCAGAUUGAAGGUCCUCAAAGAAAUCGCAAAGGAAAAUGACAUUGUUUUGCAGCUUGAAGAAGCAACAAAGGAGGAAAAGGGUGUGGACAGCAAGGAAGACCGGGCGGCUGCUCAUCAUCGUAUUCCCAAUCCCCCUGUGUUGGAUGAAGAUGGUGCAGAAAUAAUGGAAGUGAAGGGAAAGUACAAGGACGUGGCUGAUGCCGCCCAGGCAGCAUUUGAAUCAGCAGCUUAUGCGGCCGCAGCUGCCAGAGCUGCCGUGGAGCUUUCUCGCUCAGAAUCUGGUGGAUCUGAUCAUCCUCCAUAUAAUAGUCCCAGGUUGCACACAACAAAAGCUCCACACACUAUUCAAACUAAUGAGGAAAAAGAUGUCAAAGGUACUGAUGAUGAAGAUAAUGGGGAUGUUGAAGGUGGUGGAUUCGACCCCAAAAUUCAACCUGCAAAGACAGAAGAUAGAAGUGCAGACAAUUUAAAUGAGGAUAGGAAGCCUAUCUCAAUGAGAACUCAACCCAAACAUCGCUGGGCGCUGACAAGGAACUGAACAAUAAUACUUCAUCAGAGAUUGAGUAUUUACAUACAUACAUACAUACAUACAUGUCCAUCGAUUUUGUUCAUUUUUUGGAUUCUUCCAUCUCUUUAAUUUGGCUAUGGAUCUGUCAUAUAUAUCUUGUAUUGUAUUGCACAAUUUGUCAAGGCUUCUUCUUUUGGAGAUGAUGAA